AUGACCUCAAUUACCGCAAACCUGGAAAACGUCGGAGUGUACCUUACCCGAAGCAGCCCCGUCCUGAGCGAGUACCACUACGAAAGCGUCACCGAGUCCUCCAGCAUGCUCUAUUUACCGGACAAUUGCCUGAAAUUAGGCGGUGCAAGUAAGUUGUCUAUGGACUCCGAUAUCGUGCUGCCUCCAGUGAGGUUGCUAACUGACUUUAUACCCAAUGGAGGCUCCGCAGGGAGUCAGCAGCUGUUCAGUGUUAGCAAAACUGCUCAGGACCUUAUCGACGACUACUUAGAACAAGAAACAAACCCCAGUCGCCCAGUCACAGUAUACCCCAAGAGAAAAACAAAGGUUAACCAAGAGUCACAACCUGAUAUUGAUGUUACCCCCAGUUCACAUAAAAGCAGUAUACAUAUAUUAGACCAUAGUAUUGACUCUUCACCCAAAUGUAAUGUUAGUGAAAGUAAGGCAGUCGACGCCGCAACAAUAUUACCCACUGACCACUACAGGGCCGAAGCGCGUACAACUCAAAACGAGGCUUCGAAAAAUCGAGGACAUGUCAAAGCCAAGGCCGCGGCCAGUUCGUCCAAGUCCAUCACUCACCGCGACCAGAGCAGGAGCUACGUCCCAAGGUGCCACAAACACACCUGGGUCUCUAACUCCAGGUCCCAACCGUUCCUCGACCAAUCUGACUCCACGGGCUGUUCAUCCUUGGACGUCACUGCGGCCGCAAAGUCACUGGGCGAAGCGUUGGCAGCAAAACUACAAUCACUAUUAUAUUCAGGCACUUCCAAUCAUAAGUGCAAUUGUGAGUGCAGCUGUCAGCCUAGUGUGGGCGAAGAAAGCGGAACAAGCAGAAAUAAAUUAAUGAAUGAUAAGCAAAACGGUAAAAAUAACUGCCCAGGUGCAUUGUGCUACAAAUCGCCGUCACAAAAAUCUUGUUUUGACCCCACGUUAAAAACUCCCACGGAAGAAAAUAAUUCCAAUGCUAAAAAUCAUCCACUUUGUAAGCCGCCCUGCAUGGAGUUAACUUGCGGCGAACGUUCUAAAUGUAAUGAGCAACUGAACAAAAACACUCCUACGAAAGAAAAUAAUUCUUAUGCUCAAAAUCAUCCACUUUGCAAGCCGCCCUGCAGGGAGUUAACUUGCGGCGAACGUUCUAAAUGUAAUGAGCAACUGAACAAAAAAACUCCUACGGAAGUAAACACUUCUGAGGCUGCCAGUCCUGCAGAAACAAAAACACCGCCCCUUGUGCCGCCAUUAUUAAAAGGCUACUGCACAGAUUCUGAGAAUUGCAAAGUCAAGACACCCGACUUCCAAGCCCGCGUUGCGAGUUCAGCGACCAUUGUACUGAAGAGCCCGUGCCUCGGGCCCGGCAAGUGCAUAAAUAACGAAUCUCUUGACCCACAAACCAAGUGUCCAGGAGGUUGUCAGAAAUAUACACCUCAAAAGACAUAG